AUGGACGGCCAACAGAUAGGAGCUCUCCAAUCAAAAGAGAUCCAAAUGCAGUAUAAUAAUAUUAAUGAGCUGGUAGGGCCAUACACAGUUGAUGUUCCUCUUCAAGUGCUGCAGGAGGUACCACCACCUACAUUACCAGAUUCUCAGAAGGCUCUGAUAUUAGUGGGACCUCCAAGAGACGGAAUGAUCACAGCUAUGGGUACUGUUGGAGUAGUAGAUGGCAAUCCAAAUCAUGAUUUAAAAAAACCCAGAACUUGGAAGAGGACAGCAACUAAGACAGGCAGGCUGAAGAGAAAGCAAAGCAACUCAGAGGAAACUAGCUCAACAAAGGAGAAGAAAAGAGGGUAUUAG